GUGCACCCUCGUCAUCGGAUCCACAGCACCCCCAGUCGGACACGAGGACCGGAGAGGUGACGGAUCAGGGUCAGGAGAAGGCGGGUGCGUCUGGGCAGGGCAGUGGUGGGGAGAGGCAGCAGGCGGGUGCCCAGGGUGGCACUGGCCAAGGCAACACCCAGGGUGGCCGCAGCGGUGACACGAAUAGCACACCCCAACAAGAGAGUGGCACUGGUGGCCAGGGUGGCACUGGCCAAGGCAACACCCAGAAUGACAAUGGCCAGGGUGGCCGCAGCGGUGACACGAACAGCGCAACCAACACAGAAAAUGGUGGCACUGGUGGCCAGGACAACGGCCAGGGUGGCACUGGCCAAGGCAACACCCAGAAUGACAAUGGCCAGGGUGGCCGCAGCGGUGACACGAACAGCGCAACCAACACGGAAAAUGGUGGCACUGGUGGCCACAGCAGCAACACGAAUAACCCAACCAACACACAAAAUGGUGGCGCUGGUAGCCAGGACAACGGCCAGGGCGGCAGCACCGGUGGCCAGGGCGGCAGCGGCAGCCAGAACCAAGGAGAUGGUGGCAACCAGAACAAUGGCAACCAGAACGAAAGCACCAGCAGCCAGAACCAAGGAGGCAGUGGCAACCAGAACCAGGGCGACGGCAAGCAGAAUGAAAGCGCCAGCAGCCAGAAUCAGGGCACCAAUGACAAGAGCAAGGACCCCAACCAGGGUGGCACCAACCAGGACGGGGACAACAACAAGAACGAGAAGAACGGGGAGAACAGCAGCACCAACAACCAGGUCAGCACCAACCAGCAGCAGGGCAACAGUGGGGUCAGCACCAACACAAACCCGAAGGAAAACCAGAACACCGAUGAUGACAACAACCAGGGCAGCAACACCGAGAACCAGAACAGCAACGUCCAGAACCCGAGCAGCGAUGGCGAGAACCAGGAGGAGGGUAAUCAAAUCAGCUCCCCGGGAGAUAAAAAUGGAUCGUCCCAACCAGCUUCCUCUACUGCUGAGGGCAACGGCUUGGACCAGUCGGAGAGCAGCCAUUUCUUCGCCUACCUGGUGACCACCGCCAUCGUCGUCGCCGCCUUGUACGUUGCCUACCACAACAAACGCAAGAUCAUUGCUUUCGCUCUGGAAGGAAAAAGAUCGAGAAGCGGUCGACGGCCCAAAUCCGGCGAUUACCAGAGGCUGGAUCAGAAG